AUGCCGUCAGUUAGAGAGAUUGUAACGGCGAAACAUUUCAGCCGUGCGCUUCAGCUUCUAGGCGUGGCGGGGGCAUUUGGCAGUGGAAGCUUUGCGUUCUUUCUGCUCAUGUGGGCCCCGCCGCGUGAACUCGGUGAGGUGCGCAUGUACAUUGCCUACGUGUACGUUGUUUUAUUUGCAGUGGUCUUGCCAGCGGCGGAGCUUGGCAUGAUGCGGCAUCACCACCUGGCGCGGUUUACACGCUUCCUCCUUUCACACGUUGGGCGCGCCCUUGUUUACAUCUUCAUCGGGGGGCUGCUGCUGGGAAACCACGUCGGUGGAUGGGUGGUGGGCGUGUAUAUGAUUUCGUUGGGGGUCCUCAACGUGUUUGCGGCCUGCGUGACGAUUAAUCAUCGCACGACAUAG